AUGAGACUUAUUCACAGGCUUGAGCCUCGAAUUAAUCACUCAGACACAGGAGAGGGCGAAAAACGCCUCGAGUGGCACAGAUGGGGUCGCAGGGGUCGAGUGAACUAUGUGAACCAGGGAGAGGGCAGACAGACCUUACGGGGUAAGAGAGAGACUGUGGUCGCUGAAUCAAAGGCGCCCCUAUUACUUGAAUCUGAAAAUGGUCAUAUGUCAAAUCAGCCGUUACAACCGAUACCAUUUCAAACUUGUCUGGCCAACUAUGCCCAAGUACAGUUGACACCUACUGGGCGGCACAUUGCUGUCUGCCUGGAUCGGCCACUUUCGGCAUUAGACGAGACGCGCGAGAACGCAAAUGUUGUCUGUGCCGUCUGCAUAGGUCUUUUACUGCUUGGCCUCAAAGUGCCUAAGUUUGUACUGCAUGUCCUUGCCACUGAGGACUACGUGGCUCAUGAUCCAGCCGUAUUUUCUUUGAUCAAUCAGCUUCUCGACGUCAUAUUCUCGGCUUGCAAGCCCAUUGUAUGCCUGUUCGUUGCUGCUCACUUCAGGAAAGCUCUUCAAUUUUUUAAUACGGGGCUUUUUUAA